AUGCCAAGAAUAGCUAAUGGUCGAAAGAAAAUUGACAUAGUGAAAAUUCAAGAUGAUAAAAGAUUACAAGUCACCUUUUCAAAGCGCCGCGCUAAUCUCUUCAAGAAGGCUAGUGAACUUUGUACAAUGUGUGGUGCCGAAAUUGCCAUUGUAGGUUUUACCCCUGGUAAUAGUGUUUAUUCAUUUGGGCACCCUUGUGUAGAUAGAGUCGUGGAUAGGUUUCUCAUGGUGAACCCUCCACAAGAUAUUAAUAUUUCUGACCAACUCGUUGAGGUUUACCGGAAAGAGAGAAUUCGUCAGGGAAAUAGAGAGGUAAGCGAGAAACAAGAGAUGCUAGAUAGGGAGAUAAAACAUAGAGAAGCGCUACAAGCAAUGAAGAGGGAUACUGCUUCGGGCCAACAUUGGUGGGAAGCUCCAAUUGAAGAUCUCAACUCUCCUCAACUUAAACAAAUGGAGAAGGCCUUGGAAUUCAUAAAUGAGAGACUUAGAAGAGAGGCACAACGCCAACAAAUGGUGCAUGGUACUAUAUUCCCAUUUUCAAAUUUUGGAAGUUCUUUGACUCCUACUGGAAGUUCUUCCAAUGCAAGACGGUCUUAA